GAAGUAACAAUGGCUAUGUUGAUGCCACUGUAUCUUUCCAAAUGCUCCAGAUAACAGCGAAGUGUCUCAUUCCAGCUGUUAAAGACAGUGCUGAACCAGAGAUGAUUUUGCUGAUUUAUCCUAUUACAGCUCUUCACAAAGUAUUUGGGUCACUGUAUCAAGAUGAGAUAAAUAUUGAACCUUCAGAGGCUGUUUCAGUUUUAGCAGCUGCAACACUUCUUCAGCUGGAAGAUUUAAUUCAGCAAAGUGUAGAAGUAAUGAAAGAGAGUAUUAAUAUGGAUACAGUCAUUUCCUAUCAUGAAGCAAGUGAGUUAUAUGGUUUAAAAGAAAUUAAAUCUCUAACAUUGGAUUGGUUAUAUAAAAAUAUGGUUGUCAAAUUGGCUGCAUCUCCUGUACAUUUACAGCAGUUAAGUUCUGAUUUAAUGGUGGAAUUAAUCUCAUCUCCUCAUCUUGUUGUUGUACAGACAGAAUUUUCUCUCUACAUUAUACUAAAACAGUGGGUUUUCCUGAGAGAAAAUUUAACCUUUGUACAUUUUGAUACAUUAUCAUCAGCUACUGAAGAAUAUUUUAACAGUUUCUCUGGGUCCAUGCCAUUUCUUUCAACAAAUUGCGGAUGUUCUUAUCAAAAAGCAUUUCGUGCCUUGCGUUUAAAACAUCUGGUUGUACAUCAUGUUGAUAUGGAAGUUAUUGAAUCUGAUAACAUUAUCCCAGUUGAUUGGUUCAUGCCAAUUUUUAAAAUUCAGUGGUAUCACAUGCUGAGAGUUGAACAAGGAGCAGACAAAGGCCCAAAUCAAGUAAGUGAUGAAGAAUUUAUGAAAGAUUGUGUCAGAUGUGGACGAGUAUUAAAUACUGAUACGCAGCAUAGCUGGAGGUGGACAGGCUUCAACUUUGGUUUUGACAUAGUCAUAUUUUAUGCAAGAGGGACUUUUAAGCUGCGGCGAUACCUUAAGACUGAAAAUGAAGUGCGUCUUGGGCAAAAUCCGUAUGAUAGUCUGUCAUUAAGGUCAGAAAAACGGCAUUUGAUGUAUCGCUUUGGUGUGUUCUCUUUGAAUAAGGAUGGAAAAAUUAUCAGUAAAAAUGAAACAUCAAUAAAGACUGUGUCUUUAACAGAAAAUGAGCAAGUGACAGUAUUGAAUUUUCAGACAGAAAUGAAAUUUCCACUUCUGAUUAGUGCCAACUUUUUGCUUACCACGCCACUACAGUCCACUGAUGAAAUUAUGCCUUCCAUCCGACAUGCAAAUGAAGGAUAUGUUUAAAUCAUGAAUGCUGAGAUUCAUAUGCAAUUUUUAUUUAUUUAUGUUAUAACUUUCAUUGCCUUUGAUUUUAUUUCAGCAUCCAGACAUUUGGCAGCUUCUCUUAACAUUUUUUUUAAUCAUUCCAUUUUUGUUAAAAUGAUUUAUGCUUAUAAGCUAGCAAUGAAGCAUUUUUUCUUGUGUAUUCAAUGAAUUGUAGUUUCAGAUAUCAGAAAUUUAAAUUUUGUAAUAUUUCUAGCAAAUAUUCUUUAAAUCUGUUGAAUAAUUUGCAAAUAUAAAAAUGUGUGAAAUUGAUGGGAUUAAUUAAUUGUAGUAACCAUAUGAUAAUCAUUACAUUGUUAAGUCUAUCAGAAUAUUUACUAAAAUAAUUUGAAUUCAAAAUGUUUCAAUCUGUCAAAGAAUUUAUCUUUUGUACUGUUCUGCCUUUAUAUGUGAGUGAUGAUAAAAAGUGUUUAAAAUAUUGUGAUCAUCUUAAUAAUGUAAAUAUUUCAAAUGAGUGUAAUAAAUGCUUUUUAAUAUGUA